UGGGAUUACUGGCAUGAGCCACUGCACCCGGCCUUCUUCACAAAUUUAUGGGAUAUUCUCUCUCAUUUUAAAAACUUGUUUAUACGCUGUUUCCCUCUAAAAACAGGAGUAGGAACCAUUUGUUUUGCUGCUGCUUUACCUAUUUCAGUGUGUAGAACAGUACCAGGCACAGAGUAGGUGCUCUUCCAACAGUGCUGAAUGAAUAUCUAAUUUCUGACUACACGUCUGCCUGGUUGGCUCACAGGCACUUCAAAUUUUACAUGGUCAAAACAGAGCCUUCUUUCUUCCCUAACAUAUAUUCUCUUAUUUUGUUUCUAAUCUCAGUGAAGACAUUACUAUUCUCCUAGCUGCUCCACCAACUCACUUGGGAGUCACCUCUGACAUCUAUCUCCCUCAGUCAUUUUCAGUUAACCAAAUCUCCCAAUAACCACUUUAUUUUCUUCACACCUACCUGCCAUCAACUCAGUCCAAGUCAUUACUGGCUCACAGCCACUGUUUACUCCAAACUCUUCUGUUUGCCUCAAAUUUUUGUGUAACAGUGAUCUGUCUAAAAUGAAUUCAAUCCUAUGAUUCUUCUUCCUAAAAUCUUUCAGUAUCUUCCUCCUGGCUCUCAGAAGCUGACUUCUGCACAUAGCAUUCAAGGCCUUACGAGUAUACCUCCAGCACUGUCUUCUUUACCCAACAAUCUCUCUAGUGUUUGCCUCCAAACAUCUGUACUUACUGCUUCUUAUCUAGAAGGUCUUCCAUAAUACCCUUAUUAAAGUUAAUUGCUUCUCUAGUCCCAUUCCAUUUUAUUCCUCCCUCUUGGUUUAGUAAGGGGUUCCUCCUUUAUUUGAUUCCACAGCAUUAAGUAGCUUCACUCUCAUCAUACUGAUGAUGCCUAUUUACUUGUCUACGUUGUACAGCCUAAGAUUAAUGGGGGCAACGAUUCUGUAACAAUUAGCUGAAUGUUCACUCAAAUAAACAAUGCUCAUUCAAAUAAUGCUACAGAAAAACAGAACUUUGACAAAUUUCUAUUAACUGGAAAAAUGAAAACAUUAAAUCAAAAGAAAACAUACCCUAUGGUUCCUAUGCUUUUUUUCUAUUUUAGGCACAAUGCUUUAAUAAAUUACGCAAAGACUACAAACCUUUAUUACAUCAAUUGUUACAAAAGGCUAAGUGGAGAAAGAUUACUUAUCUGAAGCUGCACAAAAUCAGUGGGCAAUAUGGAUUUCAUUUAAGCUUGUCAAUUCUCCUGGAUUAAAUUCUUGGCGCUGUCUCACAUAUUCCCAAGUCCUACACGUAGGAUGCUAGAAGUUGCAGUUACUAGGUUGGGAAAGCCAUGCCCAGACGCCCCUGUGAAAAACGUAUCAAUAUAUUAAGUUCCUUAGCAAAUCGCAUCUAGAUUAAGUUCAUAAGGCUUUUUUUUUAACUUUGCAAAUCUCCAAACUCUUGCUACUUUCUUAAUAAAAUACCACAAAAUUUUUGACAUUCCAGCCACGGAAAAACAGACCUCUACCUCUGAGGUGGCAGUAAUCCAAGCAGUUAUUAGGAUCUAAGAAAUAUGGGGCAUAAUUAGAAUGUCGGGGAAAAAAUCUACAGAAAUAUGUAUACCUUCGUCAUGAACCUGACUGUUGAGUUUAUGAAAAAGUGGAAAAGGAACCUCACUCGUUCCUUCCCUGGUACCUUCACAGCGUCUCCCGUCCCAGUCUGCCUAGUUGAAUCUAGGGACACUUAAAGGUAAAUCCUAGCCUCUUGGCUGUCGUUCCGUCUCCCAGGAUUCUGCUAGGCCGCUCAGUUGGCAAGCUUAAACUCCAAAGAUUCCGCACUCUCCGUCUUUCAACAGUCAUGUCACAGAGACACGAAGGUUAGCACACGAACAUUAGUUUCCAAACUCCUACCCACCGCAGAACAGGCGGGAAGGUUCGGCGGCCACCCGGCCUCUCCGCCGCGCACAUGGCCGUCCGCGGCUCCCACCCCCGCUGCCGCGCAGGCGCCGGGCGAGCCGGGACUUGCGGUCGCCGAGAGCGGAUCAUUCCGCCGCUUUCUUUGUGUGGCUGAAGCGCUAGAAAUGGCAUAUUUUCUUUCCCUUCGUUAAAAAAUCAGACCCCCUUUCCCCUCUCUCCCCGCGGGAACACAGCUAGGGAGUGGGUAGGAGCAGGAUCUGCCGACGACUGCAGAGGCGGAAAAUCCUCGGGCGAGGAGCUGAAGAGGGCCGGGUCCGGGAGGGAUGCUGGGAGCUUGACUCACUCGCACACCAUGUGUCCCUCCGCGCGCAGCACGGGGGACUUUUCGGUGGGGAUUUUGGGCGCCGACCAGACGCGGCAUUUUCGGAAAAUAGCGCCCUGUGCAGCUGAAGCGCUUUGUGUGUAGCGGGGCCGCGUCAGCCCGGCCGGGUACGAGGCGCCUCGGGUCCCCGCACCACCUCCUGCUGCCUUCCCGUCGCCGCUCCCGAAGCUUUUCCAGAUGUCCCUGGUAGAUUUGGGAAAGAAGCUUUUAGAAGCGGCACGAGCAGGUCAAGAUGAUGAAGUUCGUAUUUUGAUGGCAAAUGGAGCUCCUUUUACUACAGACUGGCUGGGAACUUCUCCACUUCAUCUAGCAGCACAGUAUGGUCAUUAUUCCACCACAGAGGUACUGCUGCGAGCUGGUGUGAGCAGAGAUGCCAGAACCAAAGUGGACCGAACACCAUUACAUAUGGCAGCUUCUGAGGGCCAUGCCAGCAUAGUAGAGGUUUUACUUAAGCAUGGUGCUGAUGUCAAUGCAAAGGACAUGUUAAAGAUGACAGCUCUCCACUGGGCCACAGAACACAAUCAUCAAGAGGUGGUGGAACUUUUAAUUAAAUAUGGUGCUGACGUACACACGCAAAGUAAAUUUUGUAAAACUGCGUUUGAUAUUUCAAUAGACAAUGGAAAUGAAGAUUUAGCAGAGAUAUUACAGAUUGCUAUGCAGAACCAAAUCAACACAAACCCAGAGAGUCCUGACACUGUGACAAUACAUGCUGCAACACCACAGUUUAUCAUUGGACCUGGAGGGGUGGUGAACCUAACAGGUCUGGUAUCUUCAGAAAAUUCAUCCAAGGCAACAGAUGAAACGGGUGUAUCUGCUGUUCAGUUUGGAAACUCUUCUACAUCAGUAUUAGCUACAUUAGCUGCCUUAGCUGAAGCAUCUGCUCCAUUGUCCAAUUCUUCAGAAACUCCAGUAGUGGCCACGGAGGAAGUAGUUACUGCAGAAUCUGUGGAUGGUGCCAUUCAGCAAGUAGUUAGUUCAGGGGGUCAGCAAGUCAUCACAAUAGUUACAGAUGGAAUUCAGCUUGGAAAUUUGCACUCUAUUCCAACCAGUGGAAUUGGUCAGCCCAUCAUUGUGACCAUGCCAGAUGGACAACAAGUAUUAACAGUACCAGCAACAGACAUUGCUGAAGAAACUGUUAUAAGUGAAGAACCACCAGCUAAGAGACAGUGUAUCGAAAUAAUUGAAAACCGGGUGGAAUCUGCAGAAAUAGAAGAGAGAGAAGCUCUUCAGAAACAGCUGGAUGAAGCAAAUCGAGAAGCACAAAAAUAUCGACAGCAGCUCCUAAAGAAAGAACAGGAAGCAGAGGCCUACAGACAGAAGUUGGAAGCUAUGACUCGUCUUCAGACUAAUAAAGAAGCUGUUUAAUUGAAACGAACAUGUAGUUUGAUUUUACUUUUGGUCGAGAAAGAAUACAAUCUUGAACUGUACACAACAAAGGUACAGCCAUGGGAAUACAGAAUGAUAGAAGAGACUACAGAUGGAUAAUUGGACUUAAGCCAUGAGCUCUGAGUUCUUGUAACAUAAAACUUUACUUUAGAAGUUGUGAAAUGUAUUUAAAACUGAAUUCUGUAAAUAGUUUUUGUUUUUUUUUACAGUUCCAAAUGAGUCGAUAAAGAUUGUUGAAGAGAUCCAAAACUACAAUAAGCGACUGUUUUUGUGAAUUCUUUUUGAUUUUAGUACAAACCUUAAUUUCUCAGAAACAGAACAGUUUUAAGGGUGAUCGUUGUUGGUUAGACCAAAUGUUGUGUAAUAAUUAUGGUGGACUGAUGCUGGAAUUACUCCUGUAGGUAUAAACCUCUAUAUGAAGAGAAGAUUUCUCCCAGGAAAUCUUUGUACAGCUUUAAGUUGUGUCAGAUUCUCUGAAAAACAUUUUUUAGAAAGCAAAAUUUUUAUAUUUGUUCAAUUUCAGCUAUAGCCAAGUAGAUUUACAUGUAUAUGAAGCAAAUAUUUUUAAAAAUUUCUGUUUGUACAUAUUCUGCAUGUUUUAUAAUUUCAAAAUGCAUCACUUACGUAGGUAUUUCUCCCACAGAAAUGAUGAAAGUGACCAGAAAAAAAGAAAAACAAAACCCCUUUACUCUGUAGGUCAUUGAAACUAAGUAAGCUAGCAGCUGGUUUUUUUGGAAUGACAAUGUUCUCGGAAGGAGCAGCCUACAAGAUAACUUGAAUUUGCCAAUUCUGCAAAAUCUGUGCUUUUUCGAAAAUUUAAGAGUGGGGACGUGAAACUGUAUUCUGUGCCUUCCAUCAUGAUUUCCACAUGAAAGCACUUUAAGGCACUGGAUUUUAAGAUAAUGUUUUUGGAAAACCCAAUGCAUAUGGGUUUCUGAAAUAUUUUAUGGACUUAUUUCUCCCCAGGAAAUUAUUCUUAUGGAAAAAAAUUGCUUUUGUAUGUAGAACAGGAACUUUUUGUACUACAGUGAUGCAAUAGACAUGUCUAAUGUAACUUCUACUUUUCCCUUUGAAAGCUCAGUGUCUGUGCUAUGACUUGCUCUCAUCACAAUAUUGUUGAAUUCCACAAUGUAUGGACAUUAAACACUGGCAGACUGUUCACUUUUUCUUUUUUUUUUUUUGGUAAAACAUUACUGCAAACCUCUUUUUCUUGCUUUAUUUUUCAGUGUUUUAUUGCUUUAUGAACUGUUUAACCCUGAAAUCCCUCUAGGUUAUCUAUACUGUAUAAAAAAGCAAUUACCCUUAAAACUGUACUCUGGUCUACUUUUCUAUUUUGCAAUUAAAUAUCUUUUUCACAUAUGUUAUUGUAGACUUAUGUUUUUAUCACAUCUUAUUAACACAUUAAAAAUGUUAUCCUACUGCA